AUGUGGCUCACACUCCUGCUCCUGUUGGUCGUCCACCCGCUCGAACACGUGACCGCCGGACUGGAAGAGCAAGCCAAAAUCUACGCAUCCAACGGUCACAUUAUCUUUGAGCCGGCGAUGGGCAAAAACAUAACGUUUUCGAUGCAAGGAGCUGGAUACGUAAACGUUGGAAGUCACAAUCUACACCAGAUGCUGCAAACGAUCGCGAAAAUGUCACCAACCGAAAGCCCUCGAUCGUCGCCUCCCGACAAUGGUGAGAUGGUGAAGCACCAGGAACAGCUGCAACUGCUGACCACCUACAUCACUGGUCCGUUUGGGCUGCUCGCGCGAUUGGCGGACCUGGAGCUGGACUCAACGGCACACAACGCAACGCGGAUGGUUCAACGCAUUGGCACGCUUACACGGGACGUAAUGGUAGUCGAAGUGUGGCUGGGGGCCCUGAAGGAGCGCAUACGAACCGAUCACUGUGCCAGCGGACCAUGCCAGAACGGUGGCACCUGUAUCCGCUUGUACAACUCCUUCCAGUGCCUGUGCCGAAGCGGCUGGCAGGGCCGAACGUGUGCGAAGGACGUAAACGAGUGUGCCCAGCUCGCCGGUACCGAGCUCGGCUGCCAGAACGGUGCUACGUGCCAGAACCGACCGGGUGGAUACUCCUGUCUCUGUGCCGACGGUUGGCGCGGUAUCCAUUGCGUAGCACGCACGCAGGACUGUGCGAUGGCCGGGGCCGAACUGUGCGGUAAUGGUAUUUGCGUACAGUCGCGGGACGGUGCCUAUCGGUGUGCGUGCGAACCGGGCUGGAAGACGAACGGGCUGACACCGGCCUGUACGGUAGAUGUGGAUGAGUGUGGUGACGGUCCGGGAGCCCACUGCUGGCAGGAUGCCGAACCGGUACAUUGCAUCAAUUUGCCGGGUUCGUUCACCUGCGGUCCGUGCCCGGCCGGCUAUACCGGCACUGGGUUCUACUGUACCGACAUCGAUGAGUGCGUCACUGACAAUGGCGGCUGCAGCACGGCCCCUUCGGUGGCCUGCAUCAACACCAGGGGUUCUUUUCGCUGUGGUAGCUGCCCGGCGGGCUAUGCAGGUGAUGGUAGAACGUGCGUAGCCCAAGCCCUACCCCACUGUAUUCCCGGCCAGUGCCAUCCGAUGGCACGCUGCGUUGACAGUGGCACUGUGCCGGGUUGCGUCUGCUUGCCAGGCUACACCGGAUCCGGUUACGGUAGCUUAGGCUGUGCCCCCGAGCCAACCGGCUGCGCUAGUGCACCCUGCCAGAAUGGCGGCACGUGCAUGGUGACGAACGAAACGAGCUACCGCUGCCUUUGUCCAGCCGGAACGGACCCACCGCACUGCGCUACCGUCUCUUCGCCCUGUGACUCGAACCCCUGCCAGAAUGGUGGCACCUGUGACCGAUGGGGCCACCAGCACAAUCGCCACCGGCUGGUAUGCCGCUGUCCGCCCGGCUACACCGGUCUCCACUGUCAGACGCCGGUGCAGGCAUGCGAUGGCGAACGGUAUCAGCUCGCUGGCGACCUCCACUAUCCGGAUCUAAUCGGAGAAGAAAUGGCACCCGCCCGACCCAUCCGGUGCGCCUGGUUGAUCAGAACCAACGAAACGUUUACCUUGCAUGUCACCUUCAGCGAGUUUGAGAUGGUCGGUGGAGGGUGCAGGAACGAGUGGUUGCAGAUCCACGAUGGACACUCGGCGGCAGCACCGACGAUUGGUCGGUACUGUGGUAGCGAGCUGCCGAACGGCGACGGUCACCUCACAUCCACCUCCAGCACGCUGUACAUCUGGUACCAUUCGCAAAUCGUUAGCCCAUACAUUGGCUUCCAGCUGCACUGGGAGAGCGUUGAACCGGUGUGUGGCGGUAGGAUGACGGUUCAGGAUCACGGCACACUACAGUGGCCAGACCCGGAUGACCGACACCGCCAGGAGACCAUCCCGGGACACUGGGCCUGCAAAUGGCAGCUACAGGCGGAACCGGGCCGUCGGCUACAGUUUACCUUCGUCCGGCUACUGAUGCCAGAUGCCGAUUGCGACCGACACUUCGUGCGGCUUACCGAAGGGAUCGAUGAGGACAAGGGUACGGUGCUGGCGAACUACUGCGGCCAAACCGUAUCACAUUCCAGUGCAACGUCGCUGACAACGGCCGGUAGCGGGGCCACGCUCUACUUUCACAGCGACGCCCCCAAUCACGACGUGAGCUUCAGUAUACGGUAUACUGUGGUCCAAGCGGACUGUGGGGGCAUCCUGACGCAGCUGGUAGGUACCAUCGACAGCUCACGACAGGUCACCACCGCACAAACCGACGACGACGACCAGCACCGGGUCUGUGAGUAUCGGAUCAGUCUACCGGUCGGGACCCGCGUCGAGAUCCGCUUUCCCAGCGUGCUCCUCGAGCCGGACGGCCAAUGCUCGUCGAGCCGGGGGCAGGUGGAGCUGUACGAUGGAAGCAGCGCGACGGAUCCGAGCCUCGGACGCUUCUGCGAUGGUCAGCCACCACCGGCUAGUGUCACCUCCACGACCAAUGUGCUGCUGGUCAGGUUUCACCACCGAACCCGGUCCGGAUUCCGUGUGUCGUACGCGAUGAAGUGUGGCGGUACGUUCACCAACUCGGACCUGCCCCUGUUCUCACCGGGCUACCCACGGCUCUAUCCGGCGCAGCUGCAGUGUGACUACCUGAUCCACGCUCCGCUCGGUCAAAUAGUAACGUUCGACUUCGCCGACCUGGAUCUGGGCGAGGGUGACACCGGAGACUGUUCGUUCGGUUACGUUGAGCUGCGCGAUGGGUUGCCCCAGUCCGGGGGGCACCUCCUUGGCGGGGGAUGCCGGCGCUCGAUGCCAAAACAGAUACGGUCCAGCGGUAAUGUACUGCGGUUGCGGCUGGUCUUCUAUGGCCGCCGCUCGGCGUCGGCGCGUGGUUUCAAGGCGCGGUUCCGCUUCCUCGAGGUCGGCUGCGGUGGUGUGCUGACGCGCGCCGACACCGUCAUCCACUCGCCAGCGAUCGCCGAGACGACCGGCGUCCACUAUCAACCGGCGUGGAAGGGUUUGUGCGUGUGGAUCCUGGCGGCACCCGUUGGCCACACGAUACUGCUCCGGUGGAACAGCUUCGAGCUGGUGGAUGUGAGUGCCGGCUGCCAGCACCAGUACGUGGCGGUGUACGAUGACGGUUUGGCUCGGUCCUCGACCAGCAACGGGCUGGUCGGACGGUACUGUGGUUCCCAGCGGCCACCGACGAUGACCAGCGCGACCGAGCUACUCACGAUACGCUUCGUCACGGAACCCACGAUGGUAGCGGCGAAGGACAGUUUCGCCUUCGAGUUCUCCUUCAUCGAGGUGAACCAGUCUUGCGGUGGUUCGUACUCCAGCACGAACGGUAUCAUACAGUCGCCCGGUUGGCCUAAUGCCUACGCCCCAAACCGGAAUUGCGUGUGGACGAUCGAGGUACCGAUGGGGCUACAGAUCCGGCUGCUGGUGCGGACGUUCUCACUGGAGCAGCAGGAUCGUGCCUGUUGGUUUGAUGGGCUCACGAUACGGAACGGUGGCACCGACCAGUCACCACUGAUCGGGACCUACUGUGGUGACCGGCGGGGCGAGGAGUUCAACGGUACGAUCUCGUCCGGCCACCAGCUCUACCUGCACUUCUACUCCGACGGUACGGGUAGCGAGCGGGGUUUCGAGCUCGAGUGGGACGCUUCGACGACCGGCUGUGGCGGGAUACUGACCGCCCCGUACGGUACGAUCAUCUCACCCAACUAUCCAUUCGCGUACGGCCACAAUGGGAGCUGCAGCUGGCGAAUCAUCGUUAGCCAGGGUUCAACCGUACGAAUCACGCUCACCAGUCUGCACCUGGGAGAGGACGGUGACCGGUGCCGGCACGACUACCUGGACGUGUACGAUGGGGAAGAUGCCGGCGGUCACCGGAUAGGUCGGUUCUGUGGACGCCCGGUGGCACCCGCGUUGGUCUACACGACGACGACGACCACAAACCAUGCGUACCUACGGCUGCAAUCGACCGACACGUACCAGGGUGAGGGUGGUUUCCGGCUCGAUUAUGGUCUCGUUUGCCGGCAAAACAAUAUCACCACCGGUCGCCACCGGGGUGUGCUGGAGUCACCGAACUUCCCCGAUCGCUACCCGUCCGGUCUGGACUGCCAGUGGUCGUUCGUGGUACCGCGCGGUAACCGGAUCCGGCUCGAGUUUCCGUUCUUUGCCAUCGAGUCACUGUACAGCGAAGCAACCGGCAGCACCGAGAGUCAGCACUGUCCGUACGACUACCUGGAGGUACGCCAGCGAGAGCCAUCAUCAUCCUCGCCGGUGGAUCCGAUGCCGGUUACGCGUCGGUAUUGCACCGCACCACCACGUACGUUCGUUAGUUUGGGCAACACGAUCGAGGUGCUGUUUCACUCGGCCAGCAGCAGCAGCAACAGCUCCACCGUCAGCACCGGCGAGCGCUUCGGUUUCCGGCUCGAGUGGAGCAUCGAGGGAUGCGGUGGACUGCUGGACAACCACCGGAAUCCACGGUAUGCGCAGGAAUUCCACUCACCCGGCUAUCCGCACUCCUACCCAAGGGAUACCGAGUGUGUGUGGGAGAUCGCGACCGAACCGGGCUACCGGAUCAUGCUGUCCUUCGAGGAGCUGCGACUGCUGGGGGAUGCCGGUUGCCGAUCGGAUGGGGUGAUGGUUGCGAACGAUGCCGCCUUCCGCCAGCUCAUCACGACGAUCUGUCACGAGCGGACGGAGGCACCGCUGCAGGUCGUCAGCACCGGGCACCAGCUGUACGUCAAGUUCUGGUCCAGUGAGAGCCCGGUCGCGUCCCGUGGCUUCCGGGCAAGGUACAUUGCAGAAUCGGCAGCGUGCGGUGGUACCUACAUACUGCACCGUGGUGUCAUCACCUCACCCAACUAUCCUGCACCCUACCCGGUGAAUGUCACCUGCGAGUGGCUCAUCCUCACGGAGCUCUCGCACACGCUCCAGCUUACGUUCGAGGACCUCGUACUGGAACCGUCGGAUAACUGCACGAACGAUGCGGUCAUGGUGUACGACGGUAUUGUACCGGAGAGCGAACACCUGCUGCUGGUGACCUGCGGUACCGGCUCGACCUCCACCACCAGCGUUUCCUCCAUCCAGCACGGACUGCUGGUAACGUUCCGCUCGAACGAACUGUACAGCUACAAAGGCUUUCGGGCGAGCUACGUUACGAACUGUGGUGCCCAGAUCGUGGCCAAACGACCGGGCACCGUAAAGCUCGACACAGCGCACAUGCUGGUCGCAACAAGGGAGUGCAGCUGGGUGCUGACGGCACCGGAGGAAACGGAACGCAUCACGCUAUCCUUCGUCCACGUGAGCAUCGGCGAUCACGAGACCGCGGAUUCGCGCUGCAACGUCUCCAUGGAGGUGCUGGACGGUGAUGCGUCCACCAGUGGCGCGGUACGCUAUACGGGCUGCGGUUAUCAUGUACCGGCCGCCAUCGUCAGCAGUGGUAACGCCUUAACCGUACGGAUCCGCUCCGGUGACGCCUCACUGACUGAGCUAAACAAUCUGUUCCUGGAGUUCAGCUACACCACGCUGGAGAAUGCAUGUGGCGGACGGCUGGACGCACUGACGGGUCUGUUCGCUUCACCCAACUAUCCGCGCUCCUAUCCAGCUAACGUGGAGUGCGUGUGGAUGGUGCGGGCAUCACCCGGGAACAGGAUCCGGCUCGAGAUCCGCCAGCUCGACAUCGUCCCGACCGAGGGCUGCAAUGGCGAUUAUCUGGAGGUGCGCGAAUCGGACGUCAGUGGCCGACUGUUGGGGGAUUUCUGUGGCACCGUUCAACCGGAGGGCAACCUGAGCGCCGUCGGCGGCUUGUGGAUCAAGUUCCGCUCCAGUGGUCCAACCGUUGCCAAUGGCUUCCUGGCGCACUACGCAUACGAGUCACUGACCGAGUUGGAUGGUUCGGACGGUACGAUAACCUCACCACUGUACCCCAGGAGCUACUACGCGCCGAGAAGCGUCGGCUGGCGCGUCUCGGUCCCGGAAGGUUCGGGGGUGGCAAUCAGUUUCAACCAGUUUGCCAUCGAUCACAGCAGCGAUCUGCCGGACUUGUGUGAUGGAUCCCUUCGGAUUUACGACGGAUACGAUGACGAGGCACCGGUACUGCUGACCGCCUGUGGCUACGUGAAACCGGAGCCCCUCACCUCCAGCACGAACGUCGUGUACCUCGAGCUCGAUCACAGGCACGCCCGGGGGCCUUCCAACUUUUCCCUACACUGGCAGCAACGGGUGUUGGUGGCGGUAUCGCAACAACCGACCAGCACGGCCUGCGACAACGGUCACCAGCGGCUGAUCUCGCUCGAUGCCGUUGGCAUCGCGUACAACGUGACGUCACCCGGGUUCCCGUACGGUUACGCGCCCGAUCUGGCCUGUAGCUGGAUCAUGCAGUCGGCCAUCGCCUCCUACCAUCCCGUGCUGCGGCUAGUGGUCGUCGAUCUGGAGGAAACGAGCGAAUGUCUGGCGGAUUACGUCGAGGUGGCGAGCUCCAGCGAUCUCGCCCAGUGGCAACCGUUUGGGCGCAUCUGUCGGUACGGGGAGAACCGGGAGGGUAGCGAGACCACCGCACAGGAUACGUUUGCGGGCAAACCGCACCUACGGUUGAGCUUCCGUACCGACUACUACCACAAUCGGACCGGGUUCGCGGCGACGGUGCAGCUCGCCUGUGGCAGCUACCUGACCGCCCCGAAUGGUGUGAUCGAGCUUGAGCCGGAGGACCAGAAUCGUGCAUCUGGCACGCCCUGGGCACUGGGCGGGUGCAGCUGGAAUGUGAGCGUACGUGCCGGUCGCCAGAUCGAGUUCGAGCAGCUUACCCUCAGCGAGGGUACGGUGACGAUCCGGAACGGUAUCGACGAGCGUGCACCAGUGAUCGGUGUGUACGGUGGAGGUACCGAGAAGUUGAGCCCCGGUCUCCUGCACACCACCGGCAACCGUGCCUUUGUCCAGUACCAACUACCGGGCGCUCCGGAAGAUGGCUCGAGAAAGGUCGAGUUCCGCCUGCUGUACCGCGAGCUAUCGCUCGAGUGUGGCGAUACCGUCUGGCUCGACCGACACUACAACACCACCACACUCCAGACACCCAACUACCCAUCGGCACCGCCACCCUUCCUUGACUGUGUCUGGAAGAUAAUGGUGGCCGCCGGUCACCUGGCUCGGCUUGACCUUCUCGAUGUCGACUCGUUUCUCUAUCGGCAGGAGUGUGACCACCGGUACCUGCAGGUACUGGAUGGGCCGACCGACCGUGGACCGGAACUGCUCAACACGUGCCACUCGUUCCCUGCGGCCGCGCGUACCCUCUACUCGACCACGGACGGGAUGCGGCUGCGGUACUUCGUCGAGCGGCAGCCGGACGAUCGCCAACCCAAACCGCUGCAGUUUCGCGUCUCGUUGGUCAACUGUGGCCGAUCGAGCUACAGCGCGCGUGGUACCAUUACCUCCGCACACUAUCCCCUGCCCGGUGCCUAUCCGGCACCGGCCGUGUGUGAGUACAACAUUAACCCACCGACACUGGCGCCCCUUCAGCUCACUUUUACCGAUUUGCAUCUACCCGGGAACCCAGCGCACCACCAGCGUGGUUGCACCGACACGGACAGUGUCCGAUUGUACGGCAUUAUGUGGGGUACCAACGGCAGUGUCCAGCUACCGUUGGGAACGUUCUGUGGUACGACCGUACCACCGGCACCGAUCGAAAGCCCGACCGCCCAUGUGUUGGUUUCGUUUCGAACGCUACAAUCGAACCACAGCGCCACGGAGUACCGAGGAUUCCGGCUAACCUACCGGACGAAACCGAACAAUUGCGUCCAUCGGAUCGAGGCACCGUCCGGUGUGGUGGCCAACCCCGGUUACGACACCCAGCUGGCCCCCCAGAAGCACUGCGUAUGGGAGAUCACGGUGCCGGUCGGUCGGCGAGUGAAGAUCGAGUUUCUCGAUCUCGAUCCAACGCUCGCACGCACCGAAGACCAUCGGCUGGUGUUGUUCUACGAUGGUUUUACGAUGUCCAAGCGAAAUAGAGACUAUGUGCGCAUACCGUACGGCAUACCGGCAUCGGACGGCGGACUCCCGGCACCGAUCUAUACCAGCUCGAACGAGCUGUCGAUACGCUACUUCACGCUGCGUGACAUCAUCGGGCGGGGUAUCUUUAAGGUACGGUUCAGCAGCGACGAGGCGACGGUGUGCGUCGGUAACCUGAACGGCCCGGGAGGUACCAUCGAAACACCGGCCAACGCCAGUACGCUGGUGUGCUCGUACGGUCGUACCGACCGGACGCUCGGGUCACCCGGCGACCGUGGCACGCUGGCGUUAAGCUUCCGGGAGGUGGUGGUGAAGGGACCGUUUGACGGGGCGAGCUGCAUCGAGAUCGUCGGCGCCAGUGGGAAGAGCCUGCUCAGGAAGCUGUGCAGCAGUAGCAGCAGGAAGCAGGUAAUCCUUUCACCGUUCGCCGAUACGGCCAUCACGCUAAUGCGCGGACGGGUGGAGGGCGAACGGUUGGGUUUCAAGAUGGAUUAUCGGGUGCACGAGUGUGGCGGUCGGUAUGCCGGCGCACGGGGUGGCGGCGCACCGACCAACAUCAGCCACAGUAGCAGCUCGAGCACCGGCGAGCACCGGUGUGGCUGGCAGGUGCUCUAUCCGGUCGGUACACUGGUGGAGAUCCGGGUAGUGCGCUUCGACCUACGGUUGCCCUGUGCCGAGGAGUACCUCGUGCUCUACAAUGGACCGCUACCGACGAGCCCACGGAUCGGGCGGUACUGCAAGGAUGCCCCGAUCGUCGAGCGUACGAUCGCGACGCACCGGCACGAGCUGUACGUCGAGUACCAUGCGGCCGGACCGACGGCCGGUUCGUUUGAGCUGCAGCUCGGCGGUAAACCGUUCGGUUGCGGCGGUACCCUACACAGCGGUACACCAACGUUCGGUGCACCGAUGAUGUCGGGCGCCAGCAACCGAACGACGACGUAUCCACCGAACGUCGAGUGCGUCUGGUUGCUGCAGACCCAGCUCGGUCAGCAGAUCGGUGUCAGCUUCGUCGAACGGUUCAGCAUCGAGAAGAGCCCGGACUGCACCAAGGACUACCUGGAGCUGUUCGAUCAGCCAGUGCGGGGCGAGUGGAUUAGUUUGGGGCGCGUCUGCGGCAAGACUCCGGUACCGGGCGUGUUCAAUUCGACCGGCCCGACACUCAAGGUCGUCUUCCGUACGGACAACGCCACCGAAUCCGAUGGGUUCACCAUCCGCUGGGAUGUCAACUGUGGAGGUGUGUUCUACGCCGAGGAAGAACCGCAGCUGAUCGUGAGCCCCAACUUUCCGGAACCGUACAGCCCGAACCAACACUGUUCGUAUACGAUCGUCGCAUCGAACGGCACCGACCGGCACAUCGAGCUGAGCUUCGGGAGCUUUCAGCUGGCGGCAAUCUCACCGGUCCAAUCCUGUCAGUCCACCGACAACCUGACGCUCUACCGGCGCGAUGAGCAGUCACCCGAUCCGAACGCCUGGCAGACGGCCGGUACCUACUGUGGUGCGGUCGGUCCGAUGUCCACGUUCCGGGCUCUCGAUCGGGCACGAGUCGUCUUCCGAAGCGAUCGUUCCCGGGAGGGACCCGGUUUCGUGUUCGAGUUUCAUCUUGGCUCGUGCGGUGGCAACGUCACCGGUAGCCAGCGCAUCCAGAGCCCCGUCAGUGGACCGCUACCGGAGGGAAUGUCGCACCGGGCCGGUUCGCCACUGCACUGCCGCUGGUACCUAGCGAUACCGCCGGGCCGGAAGGUGACGGUACGGUUCGAGCGGCUCGACUUACGGCACUCCACCGACUGCCGGGAGGAUGCGAUCGAGGUGUACCGUGGGCUAGAGCUGACUCGGUCGAACCGGUUGGCGGUACUGUGCGGCAACCUGACCGGCCACGCACCGGCAGUACCGAUCAGCGGAAGCCACGGUAUCAUCUCCUUCCGGAUGGGACCGCAGCAGCAGCAGCAGCAAAACAGGAAGUCCUCGUCGAAGUCAUCGAAGUCGGUCCCGCCCCUGGUCGCCCUCAUCCUGUACGGUCCCGAUUGUGACCGUUCGAUAACGCUCGAUGACCGUUCGCCACGCUACGAGCUGAGGGUCGAGGGUGGCGGCGAGGUGCAGGAUUGUCACUACACCUUCGAGGCACCGACCGGUUACACGGUGCUGGUCACGUUCGAGCACUUCCAGCUCAACACGACACGGAACGGCACCGCGAGCUGCUCGGACGACUACGUCGAGCUGCACGAUGGGCUUAGUGCGCUGGCACCGCUUCUAGGGCGAUACUGCGGUACACGGGUACCAUCGGCACAAGCCAGCUCCGGACCCUGGUUACACCUACGGUACGUCACCGAUUCGGCGCUACGGGAUAUGCGACUGGAGGCAACGAUCACCAUGAAGCCGUCGCUGUGCGGUUCCCUCGAGCAUGACCUAACGUCGAGCGGUGAGGUCAUCGUGUCGGCACCACCGGCUAACACCGACCAUCCGGCGAGCAUUCAGCGGUGCCUGUGGGUGUUCCGUGCCGCACCAGAUCACCAGAUUGAGCUGCAGUUCCUCAAGUUCGAUCUCACUAGUAACGGUGAGGAUGCCGACGGUUGCAUCAACUACAUUGGCAUACGGGAUUCCACGGGUAUCAGCUAUCCAACGGCCUAUCACAAGUACUGCGGCGGUAGUUACGUACCCAGUCCCUACCACUCACUCACCAACGAGGUGUUUGUGGAGUUGCAGCGCGAAUCGUCGAAGGCGAGUGGCUCGGCGGUGCUCAGCGUUCGACAGUCUGGCGCCUGUGACCAGCACUACACCGGCCUGCAGGGUCGAAUCAUGCGGACGACGGUACCGGUGCGCGGCCAACGACCGUGCACGAUCACGAUCGAGGUGCCGGAGAACUAUACGGUCGCGGUCUACUUUAACCGCUUCAAGCUGGAGCAAGCAGUUGCGCACGAGUGUGCGAAGAAUGCAGGUGUGCGGGUGUAUAAUGGAACGAGCGAACGGGCCGAACACCUGCUGGCGGUGUACUGUGGUGCGGUAACACCGAAUCCGAUCUUUGCCACCGGACAGGCGCUCCGUUUUGUGUUACCGGACGCGGACAACGCCGCGUCACUGCUGCUGGACACCACGUACGUUGCCAACAACUGGGGCCCGGGCUGUGGCGGUGUACUGUACAACUACGGUGGCGUCCUGACCAGUCCGUUCUAUCCCGCCAGCAACAACCGGACCCCGGUGAACUGCUGGUGGCGGGUGACCGUGCCGGAUAAUCUCGUUGUCGCGUUGAGCUUCGAGGUGUUUGAGUUGGGUAGCGAUUCGAGCUGCACUACCGAUUACCUGAAGGUGACAGAGUAUAUAGAGAUGGAAGAUGGUGCGCUCGGGAUGGAUCACUCGAUCGUAUUCUGUGACGAUAACUAUCCGGGUAGCUACGUCCUUAAAACCAACGAGGUGCGCCUGUUCUACCGAAGAUCGUCGCGCUUUGACGGCGUUGGCUUUAUGCUGAGGUUUAUGGCGGUUGAACCGGACUCGUUCCAGCGACGCGGGUGA